AUGGCGGCCGCCAGUAGUCAACAUGCGGUGGAAAACAUAGUUUGUAACGAUAUUUUAGAAUUUCAGGAAGUUUUAAAGAAGUCGAGAAUGAUCGAUGAUAGAAUCAUACAUGCUUUAAACACAAGUAUUCCGACUGACUCAUUUGCUGGCCAAGUCAGUGCUGCAGACCAAUGUAAAAAAUUGUAUGAAGAGUUAGAACAAUCGUAUGGAAGUCGAGAAAAAGCUAUCAAGAGAUGCAUAUCAGAAGUUACCACCAAUGUGAACAGUUUACGGGAGAAACGUCAAAAAGACACAGAGGAUAUUAGUGUGAUGAAAGAUUUACGGAAACAGCAAACUAGCCUUCGACUUAUGCAGACAGAAUUAAGCGUAGAAGAAGUUAUCAAGGAUAGGAGCUUAAAGGCUUUCUAUGAACGUUGUCGGCAAGUGUACAAACCUCCAUCAUCAUCAUCAUCCUGAUGACAGCAGAAUGUAGAACUUGUGAAAAACAAUUUACAGUCGUAUGGAAGAUUACAAGCAGCCAUUUAUGUAUCUCGGCACGGAUUAAGGUGGAUUUCAUAGUCCUUUUGUCUGCUGAGAAAAAUACGCCAUUCAGUGGUGUUGUGUGUGAUAGUGUGAAGAAGUGUCAUUUGUUUAUAAAUAAUUGAGA